AUGCUGAAUUCUAGAAACUGGUGGGGUGCGUGUGUCGUCCACGAUGUAUUGUACUAUUACAAUACAAAUUUGAACAAGUUAAGAGCGUAUGAUCCAAAGCAGAGAUACUGGAGAGUGGUGAGAGGUGUAGAAGAAUUGUUGAGUAAGACGGCCGGUUCAUGGGGGUCGAGGACAGUGAGUUACAGUGGGAAAUUAGCUCUGUUCUUUCAUAAAUAUAAUGCUUCGAAGCUGAAGGUAACAAACGAUGUUUGGGUUGCCGAGAUUGCUUUGGAAAGACGCCAAGGAGCAGAGAUUUGGGGUAAGGUGCAAUGGUGUGAUGUUGUGUUUAAUGAUGGUGAUGGGAGACUUUGUAUCGUGGUAAAAUGUUUAUCUGUUAGUAUUUGA